AUGACCGCCCAGAACCUCCCCCACGAGCCCGAGUUCGAGCAGGCCUACAAGGAGCUUGCCUCAACUCUCGAGAACUCCACUCUCUUCCAGAAGAAGCCCGAAUUCCGCAAGGCCCUGCAGGUCGUCUCCGUCCCCGAGCGCGUCAUCCAAUUCCGCGUUGUCUGGGAGGAUGACCAGGGCAACGUUCAGAUCAACCGCGGUUUCCGUGUCCAGUUCAACUCCGCCCUUGGCCCUUACAAGGGUGGUCUUCGUUUCCUCGGUUUUGAGCAGAUCUUCAAGAAUGCCCUCACUGGCCUGAACAUGGGUGGUGGUAAGGGUGGUUCCGACUUCGACCCCAAGGGCAAGUCUGACAACGAGAUCCGCCGUUUCUGUGUCUCCUUCAUGACCGAGCUCUGCAAGCACAUUGGUCAGGACACUGACGUUCCCGCUGGUGACAUUGGUGUCACUGGCCGUGAGGUCGGCUUCAUGUUCGGCCAGUACAAGAAGAUCCGCAACCAGUGGGAGGGUGUUCUCACCGGUAAGGGCGGUAGCUGGGGUGGUUCUCUGAUCCGCCCCGAGGCCACUGGCUACGGUGUUGUCUACUACGUUGAGCACAUGAUCAAGCACGCCUCUGGUGGCAAGGAGUCCUUCGCUGGCAAGCGUGUUGCCAUCUCCGGAUCCGGCAACGUCGCCCAGUACGCCGCUCUGAAGGUCAUUGAGCUUGGUGGCUCCGUCAUCUCGCUCUCCGACUCCCAGGGUGCUCUCCUCCUCAACUCUGAGGAGGGCUCCUUCACCCCGGAGGAGAUCAACCAGAUCGCCGCCAUCAAGGUCGAGCGCAAGCAGAUCUCCGAGCUCGCCUCCACCUCCGCCUUCGCUUCCAAGUUCAAGUACAUCCCCGGUGCCCGCCCCUGGACCAACGUCACCGGCCGCAUCGACGUCGCUCUCCCCUCCGCUACCCAGAACGAGGUCUCCGGUGACGAGGCUAAGGCUCUCAUCGCCGCUGGCUGCAAGUUCAUCGCCGAGGGCUCCAACAUGGGUUCCACUCAGGAUGCCAUCGAUGUCUUCGAGGCCCACCGUGAGGCUAACGCCGGUGCCUCCGCUAUCUGGUACGCCCCCGGUAAGGCCGCCAACGCUGGUGGUGUCGCUGUCUCUGGUCUUGAGAUGGCUCAGAACUCUGCUCGCGUCAACUGGACCUCCGAGGAGGUUGAUUCCCGCCUGAAGGGCAUCAUGGAGGACUGCUUCAAGAACGGUCUGGCUACCGCCCAGGAGUAUGUCACUCCCGCCGCUGGCUCCCUGCCUUCCCUGGUCGCUGGUUCCAACAUUGCUGGCUUCACCAAGGUUGCUGAGGCCAUGAAGGACCACGGUGACUGGUGGUAA